AAUCUCUCGUACUCUCCAUCUUAUCUACAAUCAAGUGGUGCUACACAUUCCCAAGACUCAGUUCUGGUAGGUGUGUGAGAAUCUGGAGUGUUUCCGGUGCCACUUUACGACACCGACCUGUGCGACGUGCCCAAAAUGGAUGAUGGAACACGUGAGGACGUGACUGGAGAAAAUAAACACCCAGACACUCUGGGUUGUACAGACCUUACAAACGGCCCCAUGGAAGAAGAAAGGGUGCAAGAUCUUGUUAAUGAAGACACUAAAAUUGGAGGAUAUGAAGAAAACAUACAAAACGCCUUUAGCACGGAGAGUUCUUUUGAAGGCGUCAAUAGAAUUGGGAAGGUGGAAGAGGGCAAAGGCGAUGUUUCACAAAACCUUAAACUGAACGGUAGCUCCUCCUCUACCGAUGAUGGCGGGGGUAUUGGUAAGGUGGAAGAAGGAGAAGGAUAUGCGAAAGAAGCAACAGAAGACAUGAAAGAGGCAGAGGAGGAGUCUGAUCCUGAAUGGCUGGACAUUUUGGGAAACGGAAAAUUAAAGAAAAAGGUAAUAGUGAAGGGUGGAGAUGAGAGUACCAGGCCACGCCCAGGUCAGGAUGUCACCAUCUGGAGCAGAGGGAGGUUAGAGGAUGGGACAACUGUCGAUCAACAUGAUGAGAUCACUUUUGGACUGCAGGAGGGAGAUGUCGUCCAAGCCUGGGACCUCUGUGUUUCCCUUAUGGGUAUGGGAGAGACGUGUGAAGUAAUUGUAGAUGCCCUAUAUGCAUAUGGCUCAACCGGAAGAGAACCAGACAUUCCAGAAAAUGCCACAAUCACAUAUGAGCUGCAGUUACUGAAUGCACAAGACAAGCCAGAAUUCUUCACUAUGAGUGCAGAGGACAAGCGCACACUUGGGAACAGGAAGAGAGAACGAGGCAACUGGUGGUACAGCCGCAAUGACUUCAUGCUUGCUUGCCACUGUUACGAACAGGCUGUUAAGAUACUUGAAUCACCAUCCAAGGAAAAACCUGAGCCAGACAGUGAGAUAGUAAAACAGAUGGAUGACAUCAGACUCAAGAGUUACAACAAUAUGGCUGCUGCUCAAUUGAAGGCAAAGAACUAUGACACUGCCAAGAAGUCAUGUGAGGCAGUGUUAGCCAUCCAUCCAGACAAUGUCAAGGGACUCUUCAGACUCGGGAAGGUGUAUGCUGGGAAGGGAAAUCUGGAUAAAGCAAUCAGCUGCCUACGGAAAGCUAUUAGCCUGGAGCCAGAAACCAAGAUCAUCCACAAUGAACUGUCCAAACUAGUUAAGCAACAGACUUCCCAGAAGGAGAGAGAGAGGAACAUGUACCGUAAGAUGAUGGGAGACAUCGGCAACUCCCCCAAUGGUGGUGGCACUGCAACAAAUAUGUGGAAGUGGGGUCUGGUGCUGGGUGCCUCAGCUGCUGCACUGUGUGCCAUAGGACUUGGAUUUGUGAUGGCCAGGCCCUGACAAUUUGGACCAAUGUAGAGGUAGAUCAUAGCAAAGUGAUCUACAAACCUACCAUACUGUCUCAAGGAUGCAUCACCAAGGAUUAUUUUGGAGGAUGUGUUGGGUUUGUUUAAAUGACAAAGUUAGGCCAAAAUAAACUUGGUGCAAAAAGUUGAAGACUUGACUUUGGUCAGUCAUAUGUCCAUAGUUACUUUCAUUGUAUUGUACUUUGGAGACAUAAUUAUCAUGCCUUACAAUGGCAUCCCAUCUUACAUCUGUGGGUUGUAAAACAAUUCUGUGUAUGUGAGCUAGUCCUGCAAAAAAAGUGCUGAAACCUCCUACAACCCUGCGGUAACCAUUCCAUCUGUCAAAUUUCCUUCUCGUGCACGGUAUCAUUUACGUGUUACAGCAGUGCGAGCGCACGUCCCGUCACCAUCACGGCUGCACACAUGAUGUAGUCAGAUGGCAGUGUGUCAUUUUUCACUACUACUCAGAGGCCUGCAUUGUGUUUUGUAGCUUUAUAAUAAAAGUAAUAAAUUUUUUAGAGCUGAUGCACUAUGCAGUGAUUCUCUAUGCAGAACCACCAUUAUUACUGGACAUUGUCUAAUUGGUCCAAUAACCGGUCCACUGAUUUUUUUCCACAUAUUUUUUUCUCAAAAUGGUCCAUCGAGAAAAUCAGGUUUCAGACCAGUCUGGCACAUAACUCUGGUAACCACAUAGAGCUUUCAAUAAUAUUCAUGUAUAAUGCAAUGGAAUUGAUGAAGGAACUACAGAAAUAUGAUCAACUGAAGUCAAGUUUCUAAACUUGUAUUGGUUGUAUUCUAAUAUCCAAUAAAGAAAUUCAUUGAUAAUUGUAUUCAUGUUCAAAAUAGACAUAUUGUAGAAUUUGUUGAUCUGCUAUAUCACCGCUCUGCUGGGGAUUUCAAUAAAAGAUUGACUAAAUGUUUUCAGACGGUCAAUCUUGUUCUCAUGUGAAAUUACAUAAAAAAUCUAUGAUGCAUUAUUUGAAGAAAGACAUCUAUUUUUCAACAAAGGAAGAACAAGAAAACCUCUCCUUUCUUGUCAUUGAAUUUUUCUCCAAAUGACAAUUGUACUGACUUAUCAAUCUAGAUACAGAUAGGAGAUUCACACAUUCCAAGUGAAUACAAUAUGUACUUUAAUCUUAAUUGACAGUUACGAGUUCUAUAAUUGUUUCAAUACAUGUGCUAAGCUGUUCAGUUGCUAUGCCCAGCUUAGUAGAGCACUGUUAAUUGUUUCACAUUGCUUCAUUGUAUGGUGCAUUCUGUAUGUAGAAAUUACAAUGGUCAUUCCUAUAAAAAAUGUAUGUGCAUGCACAUGGACGCAAAUGUGUCCACCUUGCAUUGUAUGCUUUUUCUUAUAACUUCCUUAGGAAGGAAAAGUAUUAACUGUAUUUGAUGGCGGGGUGAAUACAUGUAUGUGUUAACUGCAGGCUGUUGUAUACAUAUCAAGGCAUCUGCUGAUGUUUGAAUGGUAUAUAUUGUGAUAAUGUUGGGCAGAGCUGGAAGCACCCAUAGCUACUGUAGUGCCUGUGUUGGGUGAGUAUGUUGUCACUUUGAGGAAAAAAAUAUACAAAACGUAGCUAUAAAACUACACACUGGCAGCAUAUACAAUGUAUCUAUUAAGAUUGCAUCAUACCUGGGCGGUAUUUACAUUUGAUAUUAGUACUCUGACGGGUCUGCAUUUUCCGGUACAGCCCAAGACUCCAUAUUUUGAUGUGAACGAUUCAAGCUAGCUUUAACAACUGGCAGACUUUUCUCUAUGCCUGGUUCUUUUGUUCAAAUUGAUGAAUAUGGUUUUUAAGAAUAUUUGGCAUACAAUUUCAUCUCAGCAGUGCCAUGCUCUGCCAUGCAGUCAUAUAAAGGUGCCAUCAUGUGUAGUGCUAUAUCAAUGAGACCAGGGAGGCGUCCAGGAAAAAAAGACAGCCUUGUGGUUGAGACACACGGUACUUAUACAUUUAUUGGUGCACCAUAUGUAUAUAUGUAUGCCUAAUUCAAUGCCCAGUGGUGACACUUAGUCUUAAUCUUUAGUUCAAAUAAACCAUAUCAAAUAAAGUUGUUUUUGACCUUUAA